GGGCGGGGGGCUUCUGGUGACACGGCGGCGGGGCGGCUGUGAUGCCGGCGGGACCCAUCGAGGUCACAAAGCCGGGCCUGCCGGGCGGGGGGCGCCUCGGGAGCGGCAGGGACUCCCCGUCGGCCUCGCAGCCCGGACGGAGCCGCGCAGGGAGACAUGGCGACACUCCUGCCGCCUCCUGCCGCCGCCGCCGGAGCCCGCUAGAUCGACGCCCGCUGCUCUGCGCUGAGUGGCCGGGUCGCUCCGCCGGGCGCCAUGUCGGACCUGCUGCUCAACCUGGACACGACCCUCCCGCCGCCGACCCCGAGGAGCUCCGCGGGCGGCCAUCGGCACCAGCGCUUCGUCAAGCGCCGCCAGUUCCUGGAGCGCCGCGGCUUCCUGAGGCAGAAGCAGCUGCCCACCCAACCCCCCGCCCUGCCCAGACGGGGCGCUUCGGGGGGCGGCUGCGCGGGGCCCGCUCGGCCCAAGAAGAAGCCUCCGAAGGUGGCAGGGAGGGAGGGCAGCCGAGCCCCACUUGAGGAGGGUCUCCCCGCCCGGCUCAAGACGCUGCCCAAGGAGAGCGCUGCUGCGGGUACCCUGUGCCCCGGAUCCCGGACGGACGGCCCCUCCGCGGCUGCCUCAGCCUCGAAGAGGACGGGGGGCACCGCUGGGAAGCCCAACGGGACCCUCUGCAGCCGGGGAGAUGUCUCCCGAGUCGGCCCGCUGGACGAAAGCAAGGCUGGCCUCCCCGACGUGCCGGUGGUAGCCAAGCCCGGCAAAAUGGUGGCUAUUGACUGCGAGAUGGUGGGCACUGGGCCCGGUGGGCGCAACAGUGACCUGGCGCGAUGCAGCGUAGUCAGCUACUAUGGCGACGUGAUGUAUGACAAGUACAUCCGUCCCCUGAGCCCCAUCACCAACUACCGGACUCGGUGGAGCGGCAUCAGGCAGCAUCACAUGAGAGAUGCUGUCCCCUUCAAGCUGGCCCAGAGAGAGAUUCUUAAGCUUCUCUCAGGGAAGAUUGUCAUUGGCCACGCAAUCCACAACGACUUCAAAGCCCUCAAAUAUUUCCACCCCAAAUCCUUGACCAGGGACACCUCAAAAAUCCCCCUGCUUAAUCGGAAGGCUGGCUUCCCCGAGAACGAGUCGGCCUCCCUGAAGCGACUCACCAAGCAGCUCCUCCACCGAGACAUUCAGGUUGGUCACAAUGGACACUCCUCGGUGGAAGAUGCCCGGGCCACCAUGGAGCUGUACAAGGUGAUUGAGGUGGAGUGGGAGAGGCAUUUGGCCACCUCCCUCCCUCAGGACGGACCGCUGGGCACCACGUGACGGCCCUUGGCCAAGAACCAGCUGGCCUGGACUUCACGGAGCGAGAGCUGCAGAUGUUGCUGAAGCUUUUGGGGGGGCAGUGGAGGGGAAGAAG